AUGGGCUCAAGUGUUUCUGCUGAGGUGACCAACUUAGUCGGAGCAUAUCUACUAAAAUGCAUAAGAAAUGAGAUCCCUGAAUUGCAAGGUGGUUUAUAUAGAGAUGAUACUUUGUUUGUUGUCCAUAGUAAUAAUAAAUCACACAUAGAAAGAAUCAAAAAGAAAAUUAAUAGGUUCUUUAAAGAUUUCAACCUUAGCAUAACCUAUGAGCCAGGCAUUAAAAUAGCCAAUUUUCUAGAUAUUACAUUAGACCUUAACUCUAAACUACAUUACCCAUUUAGAAAAGAAGGUGAAAUCACUAGUUACGUAAGUAAAUUAUCUAAUCAUCCCCCAAAUAUAAUUAAUUCCUUAGUUAGAAAUAUUUCCAUAAGAAUAUCCAAAUUAUCGUCUAAUUUUGACAUAUUUAACUCACACUCAGAGCAUUAUAAUGAGGCGUUAUUUAGAGCAGGAUAUAACCAAAAAAUUACAUUUAUUGAUAUAGAAAACUUACAAACUCAUAAUAAGUUAAAUAAUUUAAAUAACAAUAACCACGUAAACAACAAAAACGAUCAAGCCGAAAAGAUACGUAGAGGUAGAUUUAAUACAACAUCUAAUCGAAAUGGUAAUAAGAACAAGGAUAACUGCAUAGACCAUAACAUGGAUAGCCCUGAUAAGACAAUUUUAGAUAAAAUUAAGAAGCAUACAAUUAGUAACGUAGACAACAAUAAGGAUCAAGCCAGAAAUAAUAGUAGAAGUAGAUUUACAACGGCAAAAUAUCCUAAUGAAAUUAAGAAUAACAAUAAGAACAUAGUACUGAACACAUGUAAUACGGUUAAAAUAAACUUUGAUAACACUAAGAAACAUGCAAAUAAUAAAUACAAAGAAUCUGAUGAUAGAAAGAACAAUUCAAACAACCCCAACUCUAAUUCUAAGAAAUUUAAUAAGAAAGACAUAAUAUGGUUAAACAUCCCUUUUAACUGUGCGGUUUUAUCAGAUAUUCAGAAUAACAGCAGUAACCAAAAUUAUGAAAAAUAUACUCGUACUGUCUCGAGUAACAGUAAUAUGAGACUUCUAUCCUCGAAUUAUUCCACAUCAAAUUAUAAUUCCCCUAGAUGUGAUACUUAUUGA